GACUCUUGGGCACAUAUUUGAGAGAUUGGCACAGUGGGCUUUUAAAAAGAAAUUCUGGCUUGUGAGGUUAGCUCCAGUUUACACAGAGAAAAUUAAAAUUUCAGAUGGACUCAUUCAGCCUUUAGCGCUCUCUCUCUCUCUCUCUCUCUCUCUCUCUCUCUCUCUCUCUCUCACCUUUUCCAAAGGGCAAUUUUUGGAGCUUUCUUAGAAUAUUCAUCAAUGUCUGAAGAAAUUGUUUAUGCAAAUCUCAAAUUCCAGGACUCUGAUAAGAAAGAAAAUCUGCAGACAUCUGGCAAAUGCGGUGGAAAAGUACCUUCUGCCCCUUCCUAUUCACAGCAUAAAGCAGUCUUGAUUCUAACUGUUCUAUGCCUUCUGCUGCUCAUUGGACUGGGAGUCUUAGGAGGUUUGUUUCAUACAACUUUAUGGACAGAAAUGAUAAAAUCAAAUCAACUACAAAACAUCAGAGAAGAACUUCAAAGAAAUGUUUCUCUACAGCUGAUGCACAAUAUGAACAGCUCCAAGAGAAUCAGGAAACUGUCUGCCAUGCUGCAAAAGACAGCCACCCAGCUGUGUCGUGAACUGUGUAUAAACAAACCAGAACACAGAUGCAAGCCUUGUCCAAAGGAUUCACAAUGGUUUGAGGACAGUUGUUAUUCCAAACUUGAAAAGUUUGAAACGUGGCAAGUGAGUGAAAUGCUCUGUUCUUCUCGAAAUGGCAGCCUGCUGAAGAUUAAGAACAGGAAUGUGCUGGAAUUUAUAAAGUCUAAGAACUUAAAAGGUUAUUGGCUGGGGUUAUCGCCCAGAACAAAGAAACUACCUUACAAGGAACUGAAUGAGAACAUGUUCCUCUCUGUAGGAUUUGAAGGAAGCACAUAUGACUUAAGUAAAAUGUACUGUGGAUAUAUAAAUGGAGGUUAUGUUUAUUAUUCAUCCUGCACUUCUGAAAACUAUGUCAUGUGUGUGGAGACAGCCAGGACUGUACAGGUGGAAAGUGUACUGGAUGACCUUCCAGAGGGAAGAAAAUAGCCACUGCAGUUGCUUACUCCAGCUUCUUUCCUGCUCUGAUGGUUUGAAUGAGGAUGCCCCCCAUGGGUUCAUAUUUUGAAUACUUGGGCCCCAGUUGGUGCAACUAUUUGAGAAGGAAGAGAAGGUGUGGCCUUGGUGGAGGUGGUACUUCACUGAUGGCACAUUUUGAUUAUUCCAAAGUCCACUCCACUUCCAGUUAAUUUUUCCUCUGUUUUGUGUGAAUUGAGAUGUGAACUUUCAACUACUGCUCAAAGCAUGUCUACCUGCCUACUGUCAUGCUCAUCAUCAUAAUGGUUAAAGACUAUAACCCUCCAGAACUAUGAGCCCCAAAUUACACCCUUUCUUUUAUAAGUUGCUUGGUCAUGGUGUUUUGUCACAGCAGUUGAGGAGUAGCUAAGACACAGAGGAAGGUUAGGCAGUGUACAUCUGCUGCUGUUAUCUGAGAUUUCUGUCCUGCCCUGUUCCCACAAUCAUUAAGUCCCAAAGAAAUCACGCAGAGGUCUACAUGAGUUAUAAACUGAUUGGCCCAUUAGCUCAGGCUUUUUAUUAACUCUUAAAACUUAUAUUAGCCCAUUAUUCUUGUCUAUGCUAGCCACGUGGCUCGGUACCUUAUUCAGCAAGGCAGUCACUAGCUUGUUCUGUGGCUGAGCCAGGACUGCAGAAAGAGCUUCCCUCAUUCCAGAAUUCUCCUGUUCUCAUUGACCUGCCCCUACUUCCUUUCUGAUUAUCCAGCCUAUACUUCCUGCCUGGCUACUGGCCAAUCAGUGUUUAUUUAAAAUAUAAUUGACAGGAAACAGAACAUUGUCCCAUAGCAAUCUUGCUUCUCCUAAUGUUUAUGUCCAGAUUUCUUUGCCUCCUUUGCUGACUGUCAGGAAACUAAUUCAUAGUUUUAUCACCAUGUACUUAUUUUAGCACACAUAUGCUGAACACCAAACCAUGGAAUAUAUUUUGCCUUUUUUUUUUUCAAAGAUGAACCAGACAAAUUUCAGCCUUAGAGAAAAUUAUGUCUGGGAACAUAUAGGAAAAAUAAUAUAUGAACAAGUUGUAUUAAAAAUGUUAUGUCCAAAUUCGCGAGUUCCCCACAAAAAGUCAACAAGGAGACCGAGUCCCGAAUGUAAAAGCAAAGAGCUUUUAUUUUAAUCAAGUUUGCAAACUUGGUCUCUCCACAUGUCCAAUGUAUAGGAAUAACUGGAGAUCCCUGAGCUCAAUUAGAAUAGAAUUUUAUAGUACUUAAGUUGGGGGUGAGGGGUUUCUGAAGACUGGCUGAAAUUUGUCUAGGAUGUCCUGGUGAGUGUGUUCUGGCAGGUGUUCCUAUCUACAGUGCCUGGAAUGCCAGGCAUUUCCUUUGAAUGGUCUUUUCUUGGUCAGGUAAUCUCAGUUUAUUGUUCCUCCUGCAACCAGGCAUUGCCUCAGGGUUAAGUACUGA